GUUGAAUAAGGUAUAGAGGUAUUAACAUAUAAGGACUCUUUUGAAACUGGUUGACCUCUCUUUGGUGCUUGCUUAUGUUUUAGUUGUUCAGAAACAAGAGAAGAUUAUCGUACAAAAUCAUCAUCUCGGAGAACUCCACAUUUUUUACUACCCCAAACAGCAGAAAUGAUUGCCCAAACACCUUUAGAGAAAAUCCAUAUUGUGGUUAUAGGAGCUGGUCUUAUAGGGCCCCGUCAUGCUGAGCAUGUUCACUCCAAUGAGCAGACUGAACUUUUUGGAAUCAUUGAUCCCAUGCCAGAACGUAAAGCAGUGGCUGAAAAACUAGGGACCGAACAUUUUACAUCAAUUACAUCAAUGAUUCAGUAUGCCGAUGAUAAUAAGAUUCCAUAUCCCGAUGGUGCUAUAGUGUGUACUCCGAAUCAUACUCACGUUCGUAUUGCUGCAGAGUUAGCAUCCCACGGGAUUCAUUUAUUGGUUGAAAAACCAUUAAGUUCUCAAGUUGAAGAAUCACAAGCAUUGAAAGUCUAUUGUGAACAACACAAUAUUAAAUUAUUGGUUGGACAUCAUCGUCGAUUCAAUCCAUUCAUUGUGGAGACCAAGAAACAGUUACCCAAAGUAGGAACUCCAAUAGCUAUUCAAGGUACUUGGGCUUUGAAAAAACCAAGUAAUUAUUUCGAAGCAUCUCCUUGGAGAACUGAUAGUAAAACCGGAGGAGGAGUACUCUUGAUCAACUUAGUUCAUGAUAUUGAUUUAUUACAAUACUUAUUUGGUCCAAUAGUAAAAGUCUACGCUGAGUUAUUGACUAAACAACGAUUAGAGUAUCCUAAUGUUGAUGAAGGUGCAUGUUUAACUUUAAAAUUUGAAAAUGGAAUAACUGGAACUUUUAUUUGUUCAGAUAAUGUUAUUUCCCCAUUUAAUUUUGAAUCGGGUACCGGAGAAAACCCAAUUAUACCUUUCCAUCAUGAUUUAGAAGGUUUUUAUCGAGUUUUCGGUUCUAAUGGAACUUUAUCUAUACCUGAUUUUUCUUUAUAUCACCAACCAGAAAUCAAAGGUUGGAAUACUCGAGUUACCAAAGAAUCCUUAAUUGAUAAUCGUAAAGAUAAAUUAUAUUCACAGUUACCGUUUGAUUUACAAUUAAAUCAUUUUAUUGACGUUAUCAGAGAUAAAUCAGAUCCCUUUUGUACUGCUGAAGAAGGAAUGUCAGCAUUAUUAUGCAUCGAUGCCGUUAUUAAAAGUAUAGAAACCGAUAUGCCUCAAUACGUUUCAAAUAUUAAAGAUGUUAAACCAAAUUUUGAAGCAUUGGGUUUGAAAAAGUAA